CGCUUUCUGGCUGCUCGGCGCACCGCCGCCGGCCACUCGUCCCAGCUCCGGUGCCGAGGCCGCCAAGGCUUAGGCACCGUCCCCAGGCUCCCGUGCUCUGCGCGAAGCCCUGGCCCCGGUGGCCAGGGCAUGGGCCAGGGGCGCGGCGUGAAGCGGCUUCCCUCCGGGCUGUGAGCUGCACUGGCUUCAGCAUGAAGACCCUCAUAGCUGCCUACUCAGGGGUCCUGCGAGGCGAGCGCCGGACCGGCGCUGCCCGGGGCGAAAGCUCGAAUGGAGGAGGCGAGCUGUCCCCAGAGAGAUCUGGGAAAUGGGGUACUGGCUCCAGCAUCCUCUCUGCCCUCCAGGACCUCUUCUCCAUCACCUGGCUCAACAGGUCCAAAGUGGAAAAGCAGCUACAGGUCAUCUCGGUACUACAGUGGGUCCUGUCCUUCCUCGUGCUGGGAGUGGCCUGCAGCCUCAUCCUCAUGUACACCUUCUGUACCGAUUGCUGGCUCAUCUCUGUGCUCUACUUCACCUGGCUGGCAUUUGACUGGAACACACCCAAGAAAGGUGGCAGGAGAUCACAGUGGGUACGGAACUGGGCUGUGUGGCGCUACUUUCGUGACUACUUUCCCAUCCAGCUGGUGAAGACGCACAACCUAGUAACGACCAGGAACUACAUCUUUGGGUACCACCCUCAUGGCAUCAUGGGCCUAGGAGCCUUCUGCAACUUCAGCACAGAGGCCACCGAAGUGAGCAAGAAAUUCCCUGGCAUAAGGCCCUACCUGGCCACACUGGCUGGCAACUUCCGGAUGCCUGUGUUGCGGGAGUACUUGAUGUCAGGAGGCAUCUGUCCUGUCAACCGGGACACCAUAGACUACCUGCUUUCAAAGAAUGGGAGUGGCAAUGCCAUCAUCAUCGUAGUAGGGGGUGCAGCUGAGUCUUUGAGUUCCAUGCCUGGCAAGAAUGCAGUCACUCUGCGGAACCGCAAGGGCUUUGUGAAACUGGCCCUGCGCCAUGGAGCUGACCUGGUUCCUACUUACUCCUUCGGGGAGAAUGAGGUGUACAAGCAGGUGAUCUUCGAGGAGGGCUCCUGGGGACGGUGGGUCCAGAAGAAGUUCCAGAAGUAUAUUGGCUUUGCCCCAUGCAUCUUCCAUGGCCGAGGCCUCUUCUCAUCUGAUACUUGGGGGCUAGUGCCCUACUCCAAGCCCAUCACCACUGUAGUGGGUGAGCCCAUCACCAUCCCCAAACUGGAGCACCCAACCCAGCAGGACAUUGACCUAUACCACACCAUGUACAUGGAGGCCCUGGUGAAGCUCUUCGACAGGCACAAGACCAAGUUCGGCCUCCCAGAGACAGAGGUCCUGGAGGUGAACUAACCAAUCCAGCCCUUGAGAAGUCAGCUCCUGGAAGGAACCAGCGGGCAAAAUCGUUUUCUACCGAGCAUUCUCAAGUGCUUUUUGUUCUGUAAAUUUGGAAGCGUGAUGGGUGUCUGUGGGUUAUUUAAAAGAAAUUAUAAUUUGUUAAACCAUUA